AUGAACUAUGAAGGUAAGCUUGCUAGUAAUAUAAAAGAACACAUAAAAGGAAAGCAAGAGAGUACAUCUGGUACUGGCCUUGCUUUUAUAGCUUUUACUGAAGUGAUCGUUCGAAUGCCUGUAUCUCAGGUAUGGGCGGUCCUGUUCUUCGUCAUGCUAUUCAACCUGGGCCUGUCUUCCAUGUUUGGCAAUGUAAUGGGCAUGCUUACUCCACUGUUAGAUCUAAAGGUGUUCCCAAAAUGUGUUCCCAAAGAAAUGAUUACAGCCAUAUUAUGCCUGAUAUGCUUUUCAGUAGCACUUAUUUUCACAACAGCAUCUGGGAGUUACUGGCUGACAAUUUUUGACAACUAUGGAACUGCCUUGCCUCUUCUGAUCAUUGCAUUCUUCGAACUGAUUGGGGUGAUUUAUGUUUAUGGGUUUCGCAAGUUCUGUGAUGAUUUGGAAUUUAUGACUGGUCGACGACCGAACUUUUACUGGCAGGUGACCUGGAGAUUUAUCAGCCCUUUACUGCUGUUUUCCGUUUUUGUGGCCUUUGUUGCAAUUGAGGUUCAGUCUGACCUGUCGUAUGAGGCCUGGGAUCCCAACUAUGUGGAGUUCCCGAAGAAGGAAGAAAAGGAAUAUACGGGUUGGGUGGUAUUUAUCUGUGCAUUCUUGGUCGUACUGCCCUCUAUAUUUAUUCCACUCACUGCACUUUAUCACCUCGUCAGAUUUAAACUCAGCAGGCACAAGCAAAGAGCACAGAAUCCCUUUGACAACCAUGCUUUUCAACUAUAAGAGAUUCCCGUGUCCGUGGAAACUACGAUUUGCAUUUAUCCACCUUUGUACAAUUGAGAAGGUACAUUCCAGCUGAGUAAUAAACACUAUUCAACAGUCUCAUGAACCCUUGGUCCUCUUCUGACACGGACGCGAUCACAUCCUGCCCUUUUGCAGAAACUUUGCUCUGCAGAAACAAAAUCCAGAGGUCUUGUUGAGGCCAUUCCAUCCGGAUCACUAUUUUCUCGAAGGGUAGGAAGAAUGCUUCCACACCUUUAUCCUCGAGCCUUGCAGCAUCUGUACUACCUUGAACAUUUUCUUGGCUCAACAUCAAACUUCUGCCAGGAUUCUCUACAUCUUUGCGGACCAUAGCUUCAGGGCAAAUCUGUCCCAUCUCUGCCAGCUUUACCUUCUCUCUCUUUCUCUGUGGCUUCGGCCUUCAGCUCCAUUUUUCUUAGCGCUGUUGUCUUGAUUUGAUUUGAUUUGUUACUGUUACAUGGACUGAGAUACAGUGAAAAGUAUUGUUUUAUGUGCUAACAAGACAAAUUAUACUUUACAUAAGUACAUCAGGGUAAUAGAACAGAAUGCAGAAUAUAGUAUUAUAGCUACAGAGAAGGUGCAGAGAAAGAUCAACUCUAAUGUAUG